AUGGCAAAAAUUGCCAUAUUCCUAGUCUUGUUCUCUCUCUUCCUCUCAGCUGUGGUUGAGGGAGCUCCAAAGGCCAAGAAAGUUAAAUGCAAAGACAAGAAAUAUCCUCAAUGUUAUAAAUCCCAACACUAUUGUCCAGCCGAUUGCCUUCGAACUUGCGUCGUAGAUUGUUCGUCUUGCAAACCUGUCUGCACUCCACCCCCGCCUCCGCCACCAUCGCCUCCCCCGCCACCACCAAAACCGCGCAAGCUCAAAUCUCCACCCCCUCCAUACAUCUACUCUUCCCCACCACCACCUCCUUAUAUUUACUCUUCUCCCCCGCCACCUCCGGUGGAAACUUCACCUCCACUCCCUCCAACUCCGACACCUCAGACAUCUCCACCACCUUCUCUGUCUCCACCGCCAUCGUCUGAGGCGUCGGGGCAGAAGAAAGUUAGGUGCAAGAAUAGGGGCUAUCCACAUUGCUAUGGCAUGGAGCUAAGUUGUCCAAGCGAUUGUCCUAGCCAAUGUGAGGUUGAUUGUGUUACUUGCAGUCCCGUCUGUAAUUGCGACCGUCCAGGCGCAGUGUGCCAAGACCCAAAAUUCAUUGGAGGAGAUGGAAUCACCUUCUACUUCCAUGGCAAAAAAGACAAAGAUUUUUGCAUCGUCACUGACUCAAACCUUCAUAUCAAUGCUCACUUCAUCGGCCGACGCAACGUCAACAUGAAGAGGGACUUCACUUGGGUCCAAUCCCUCGGCAUCCUCUUCGACUCUCACAAGCUCUUCAUCAGCGCUCAAAAAACCACAACAUGGGACGAUGCCAAUGACCGCCUCUACCUUUCUCUAGACGAUGAAAGAAUCCUCCUCCCUAACCAAGAGGGUGCCACCUGGGGUAAUUCAACCUCGUACGAGGGAAUCACCAUAACCAGGAGUAGAAACACGAAUGCAGUCGAGAUCGAAGUCCGUGGAAACUUCAAGAUCAAAGCGGCCGUGGUUCCGAUAACGGAAAAGGAAUCAAUGAUCCACAAGUAUGGGAUUACACAAGAGGAUUGCUUUGCACAUUUGGACUUGAGUUUCAAGUUCUAUGCAUUGAGUGGGGAAGUGAAUGGGGUUUUGGGGCAAACUUAUGGUCGUAACUAUGUGAGUAGGGCUAAGAUGGGAGUGGCAAUGCCUGUUUUGGGUGGCGAUAAGGAGUUUGCUUCUUCAAGUAUUUUUGCUACGGAUUGUCAAGUUGCACGUUUCAGCGGAGAGUUGGAUGGAAAAGACAGUUCUUUGGAGGCUGCAGCCUAUGCCAAUAUGAGCUGUGGCAGUGACAUGGAUGGUCAAGGAGUUGUUUGCAAACGAUAA